AUGGGAUAUCCAGAACUUUUAAAAGUAGUGACCAAGAAACUUUCUGACAACAUAGUCACCGUGUCAUGUCCAUUCAGUUUACUCAAUAAGCUCAAUAUUGGGGCAAGAAUGACAAUUUUCCAUUACGAUGGAGAUGUGAUUGUUUGGUCACCUUUGCCAUACAACAAAGAAAUCUUAAACAAUGCCAUCAAGGAAUUGACUAAUGAAGAAUACACUAUUAAAUAUGUUAUAGUUGUGAACACUCCCCAUAACAUGUGUGCAUCAGAGUAUAAACGACAAAUUCCUGGUAUUAAAUUGGUUGCCCCUGCACCAACUAAAGUUGAUGUUGACAUCGACAUUAAACUAGGACACGACAAUGCUCUCAAGAUUAUUAAGGAUGAGAUGUGGACUAGUGAAUUAGGUAUCACUGAUCAAUCCUUUAUUAAAAACCUUGAAUUGGUUUAUAACUCUUACCAUAAGAAUAGGGAGUUGCACUUGUUUGAAAAAAAUGCCAAGACUUUGUUUGUAGGAGAUCUUCUUUUCAAUUUGGGAAUACAUGGAACAACCACCGGUACUCAUACUUUAGAGCAAUAUUGUCCUGAAGUUGGCUAUGAAAAGGGGUUUAAUCCUCAUAGCUGGUGGUCAUUUCCUACAAGAUACAUGCAACCAUUUAGUAUUAUUGGAAGAUAUUUAAUGAAUGAUCUGCAAAACAUCAAAAAGUACCCUGAAGAAACCAAGAAAACUUUAAAGUUGUUGAAUUCUUGGGAUUUUAAAGAAAUUGUCGUUCUUCAUGGUGACGUGAUCAAGAAUGGUAAAGAGGCAUUUGCUAGUAUUUUCGGUAGUAGUUUGAAUUAG